AACCUCGAGGUCAGCUGCGAGUAAACGACGUCACUUCCGGCAACUAUACAGCUAACUUCCGUUCAGUAAUCGAGAUGGAUCUAUACUUUCGGCUGUGCAUUUUCAUACAACAGCUAGUGGUCUGGUGCAGACAUCAUGAGCACAAAACGACCAUUUCCUCUGGGUGGGACCCAGGAAUACAGUGAAGAGGCUUCGGCACCAAAGAUAAAAACAGUGAAUUAUUCUGGGUCUCUGGAUGCCAUUAAGAUUGCAUAUGGCUACAGUUCUGGUACCAGCAAGAAGUGGAUGGAGUCAGACGAAGAUAAAAUUGUAGGCUGCAGAAAGCCCGGCUACAGCCAAGACAUGAAAAGAUUAAGCAAUAAAGACAUCCAUUCAACCACCAGUGGUAGUAUCUUUUGUUUCCUAAUGUCCACUGUAGCAGGUUGACAGGUUUUUGUGACUUUGAAAAUAAUUGAGAACCGUGGGUUACAAGCUAGCUUGGCUGUUAAAAUGCUAAUGAUUGUAUUAAAACUAGAGUGCAAGUUAAUGCUUAGCCCAGUGGUGCCCCACCUUUUCUUGCCUGAGGGCCGCACUGGACAUGAUAUAAAAUCUUGCGGGCCAGAACAUGGCAGUUUUGGCAGAAUCAUGAUGCUAAAAAUGAAAUUAUAUUGUGUCAUUAAAAUGAGUGGGCCAGAUGAGGCAUCUUCGUAGGCCACAUGUGGCCUGUGGGCCGUAGGUUGGGCAUCCCUGGCUUAGCCCCAGUGAAACAUGAAGUUAAUCCCAAAGUUACUGACAGGCACUUCUCAAGGUUUCAGUCAUGGAGUAAGUGAGAGCUUGUCCAGAGUAUCAGGGCAGACAAUAACUUUUGAUUACAAUCAUGGUUCCAGUACAGCAGGGCCAAGUAAUUUUUCCAACUUCCAACAUAGUGAACUCUUCAGUGGUAAGAAAGGAUUUGGCAGCUUUAAGCAGGAAGCAGCUGACUUGCAAGGGAAUCAAAUGCAGAUUUCCAGAGGGGAAUGUAAUUAUGCUGAUGAUGCCGACAUUGGUUCUGGCGGCAGCCCAUGGGAGAUAGGGAAAAACUGUGAUCCCUCAGCUCAUCAGCCAGUGAGAUUUGACAAAGUGAACCAAGGAGAUCAAGAUUCCCACUGCAGGUUUACAUGGAGAAUCAGAAGAGGGAGUCAGAUGGGGGUAAAAAAUCUGAACCAGGAUUUUGGUUUUGGGAGUGAGAUGAACAUGAGAGGUAGAAGUUUCAGAGGUCAACCAAGUAGACAGGCGAAAACUCCCAACCAGAGCUUCAUAUCAGUGUUCAGACAGAGAUCAGAGUCAAGUGGUGGUGAGGACGAGUCGGAAAAUGCCACUAACACAAAUUUUAGGAUCACUCAUUCUUUAGGAGUGGGAAGAGGUCAAAACUUUGGGAAUCAAAAAAUGAGAAAGCCAAGAACCUUUGGUGGACAGAACCAUCCAGCAGAGUCCGAGAGCAUGAAUCAUGGGUAUGGCAGGGAUCAAGCAAAGAUAAAACAUCAGAUCCAUGAUUUUGUUUUUGGAGAUGUGGCAGACAUGAGAGGUGAAAGUUUCACAGUUCGAGCAAGUAGACAAACUCAAAACCAGACAUUCAGAUCUGAAAGGGGCUCAGUGUUAGGACAGAGGUCAGAGUCAAGUGGUGGUGAUGAUGAGUCGGAACAUGCCACUAGCACAAAUUUUAGCAUCACACAUUCUUUAGGAGUGGGAAGAGGUCAAAACUCUGGGAAUCAGAAAAUGAGAAAGCCAAGAUCUUUUGUGGACAGAACCAGUUAGCAGAGUCUGAGAGCAUGGAUCAUGGGUAUGGCAGGGAUCAGGCAAGGACAAAACAUCAAAGCCAUGAUUUUGUUUUUGGAGAUGUGGCAGACAUGAGAGGUGAAAGUUUCACAGUUCAAGCAAGUAGGCAAACUCAAAACCAGACAUUCAGACCUGAAAGGGGUUCAAUGUUAGGACAGAGGUCAGAGUCAAGUGGUGGUGGGGAUAAUGGUGGUAAUGAUGUGCUAGAAAAUGUCAGUGGUGAAAGUUUUGGCAUAUCCCAGUCUUUUGAUUGGGGGCAAGGUCAGAAAAAGGGAAUGUCAAGGUCUUUUUUGGGAGAGACCGAACAAGAGGAAUCCAAGAGUAGGGGCUUUAGAGGUAGAGGGAAUCAUGGGAACACUAGCAAAGGAGACAAUCCAGUAAGGCGUGGCCAGUUCAGAGAAAAACCUGAGCACCUAGUCAUAAGUGGCUUAGACCAACAGGGACAAUCAGGAGGUAAUAGGUGUCCUGGAGCUUUUGGAGGAGGAAGAGGAGGUGGUGGUGAUAAUGGCAGUGGAAGCGUUGCUUUUGGUCGUGGGGCCAGCUUAGGCCGAGGAGCUGCAUGCAGGUUUGCACGAGGAAGCAAUAGUACUGUUGCACCAGUUCCACUUAUGAGCAUAAAAUUUGAAGGUCUGGAAAAGUGGAACAACCAAGGAGGACCAGGGAGGUGGAACACUCGGGGCCUGCAGUCGGGAAGAGGUGCUUUCUCUCACAGCAGAGGCAGAGGUAGCACUACAAGACUGGAUGGCCACUCUGCUAGCUCAAGCAGCAUAACUAGCAAUAAUUCACCCUUUGGCCAAGAGCAGCCUCAUGCUGGGGAGAGUACAACCUUCAACAGGCCAGCCAAUCAGAACAACCUUGGCGAUGUGUCAUGGUCCUGUCGAUAUGCUUUGAUGUUUGGAGGCAGUUUGGACAACCCACAGGCAGUGCGGCUGCAGCAGUUCAAAGACUUUUUAACAAACUUUCCAGAGCGUAUCAAUGCUAUACAAACCAUUAUUAAUGGCAUCACUGCAAGCAGACUGAAGCUGACAGCUGACUUUGAAGCAGAACAUUUGAUGACAGUUAUCAAGCCUCUGUUCACAGGCCGCCUCAGUCUUGGUGAGACCUUUCUCACUCGUGGCUUGGGUCUGAGCAAAAAGGCUGUCAAGCACGACUGUUUUACACGUGGCCUGGAAAUUUUGAAGACAAAGUCAGUGGAGGAGAUUAUGGCUCUUGAAGAUUGUGGAGUCGAAGCUUUGAAGGAGGAAGUGCUUCAGCAGAGUAAAGAAGACUAUGAUGCUUUCAAGAAAUUUAUAUAUGAAAAACAUGCUUCUGAAUCUGACACCUCAGAAAAGAUUCGUACAGCUGCUAUAUCAACAGUUAGGUCAACUGAGUGGCACUUUCCUCUGGCAGACAAAAUAAUGAUGUUUGCAAAAGAAGUUGAAAAGCCAGGCAUGGAAGAUGUUCCCCUCAUAUCUCGAUUUGAUGUCACUAGCUUUAAGGUGGGCAUAACUGUGACAGUGGUCUACAGGCUUGAGCAGGUACCUCAAGUAGCAGAGGACCAGGCUCCCAAAACAGCUUGUGGCCAGGAUCAGAACCUUCUUGUAAAUUGCCACAUUUACUUUGAUGACACUCUUGUUGGGAAGGGAUGUGCUAAGAGUCGUAAAGAGGCACAGAAACUGGCAUAUGAAAAUUUGCAAAACAGACUUUGUUCUGAGUCAUUUGCUGCCAUUGCUGCUGGACCAAAGAUACCAGAAAACCCAUCCAGUUUGCCUGACUUCCUUGAUGUUGUCUAUAAAGGAGCAAAACCACAGCAAGGCAGCAACAGUCACAAGCUCAGCCUUAUGAAGCUUCACCCACCGGAUCCAAAUGCCGACCCUGAUGAUAUUGUCAUCAUGGAGUCAGAAGGCGACAACCUAGAAGAAAAUGCCUUUAAGGUACUGGAGUUUUCAGCCACCAAGAAUGGCAUGUUGCUCAGCUGGCGACAGCUGGACAAGGGCAAUGCUCCAGGCAGUUUCAGGUGUGAAAUGAUUCUUCAGAACACGAAAAAGGUAGUUGGAGUGUCUACAUCCAAAACCAAGGCCCGCAAUGCAGCGGCUGCCCUCAUGCUGGUGGAUAUGUACCAAAACCAGGAUGUUGUCAAGAUUUCCCUCCCAGACAACGAGGCUGGGAAAAUAUCAUACAAAGAGAUCGAAGAGCGAGCGAGGGAGUUGAAAGCGGAGGGUCCAUACCGCUCCGAGCGAGUGGACUGUGACUUGACCGUGCCGGAUGAACGAGCUGAGGAGAAAUGCAAGGCCGUGAACCGACAGAAAGCAGGGGCACAGCAAAGCGACAAGGCGGCCGGCAGUCAGACCUGGGACAAGCCAGAUACUGAGCUAAAGCAGUGGCUGGACAACGAACUUCGACCUUGGCUGGAAGACGCCAUCGUGGAACGAAUAGAAAAAUACACAAGCAAGCUGACCCUGGAGGAGCUGGUGUUCGAGUUCCCGAGGUCGGCACGAAGGUUCGCUCUGGCCGCGGCCCAGAGCUUCUACUUGGUGACAGGAGCACGUGGUUCACAGGACCAGGGCUUUUGGCCUGGUGCUCGACACCGAGGCCAUACCCCACAGGAAAUGGUGAAGAUCUUGCAUGUGAACAAGGGAAAAAGCGGCCGCUACCAGAUAAUCUUUGCCAACAAACCCUUCUCGGCGGCGCAACAGGCAGACUUCGUCCGCCGGUUCCCGGCGAUCCACAAGGCCCGGGCCAAAGCCAUGGCCGAGCGGGAACGACAGAGGAAGGACUUUGGCAGUGGUGACCUCAGAGAAGAACGAGAAAACCUCAAAGAAGUUGAAACUGAAGAAGACUGAAGUCAAGGAGAUGUGUGUGUAUGUCAGUGCGCGCGUGUGUGCGUAUGUAUGCGCAUGGGCUAGUCCGUCAGCAGCAUGUGUCGAGAUGUAAAAAGAGUGAAAAGAUGAGGCAGAAAUGUGACCUGUUCGAUGACAGUGAUAACAGACUGCACUGAAAAGGAAACAUUUUGAAACUGAUUGGACAACCAGGUUCCAUGUUGGGUCAUGUUGAAACUUCUCGUUCGGCUUCAUCCUCAUUUCCUUGCUCUCGGACGUGUUCCAUUGCUUGUUGCAUUCUGUAUUCCAUUUUUCUUCUAAAGCUUGAGAAAGAAGACAUUGAUGACUGCUCACGCUCCUGCUUGGGCGUGAUCGCAUGUUUAAGUCUGAACUAUGACUAUCAUUCAAGCUGUAAUGGAAACUCGUUUUCUGUUUGAACGAGAUGGAUGAAUGUGAGAGUGGAGACACAGGUGGGCAGGCGUAUACCUCAUGGCAUUAUGUUGGUAUGUUUCAUGCAUAUCUAUAUUUUAAGAUUUUUGCAACGCAAAGAGAAAUUAAUUGAUAGUUUGAAAUUGUUCAUAUUGAAUCUUGGUGGUUUUAAUAAACUAAAAACAUGCA